AUGAAAAAAAAUAUUAACAGACCUUAAUCAAAAUAAGGAAGGCCAGAAUCAAGUAUAAUAAAUUCUUAAAACCGAAAGAAUAACUAAACGUAAAAAGAAUAUCAAAAUUAAAUAGAAAAAGAUGAAAAUAAUCUAAUAUAACAAAACAAAAGAAAUCAUCAAAAUUAACAAUAAUAAUAAUAAUAAUAAUAAUAAUAAUAAUAAUAAUAAUAAUAAUAAUAAUUGAAUGACGAUUAGAGUUAAAAAAAUAAAUAAAUAUAUUAAAUUUUAAGGAAGUAAUCAUCAUAACAAUAAUAAUCCUAAAUAAUAUAAAAAAUUAGCAAAUAUAUUGCUUUUCAUCAUAUAUCAUUAUAAACAUUUUGGAAAUCCUAACAAAUAUAUGUCUAAUUUGAAUAAUUUUUGGAAUUCAUUUAAUAAAUAGGAAUGAUAAUUCUUCCAAAUGAGUAUGAAAAUUUACAACAAGAGCUUUAAAAUAAUUAAGGAUAAAUAACGAUAAGUAUUAUUUGUGAAAAAAUAAAACCAUGGCAUAAUUAGGAAAAUGCUAUGCUUGAAUUCAUAAAGGAAAAAGUCCUAUGUAUGGCUUAAAGUUCAAAAAAUAAAUAUAGAGUUCAAAGUUAAAAAGGUGCUAGGCAAUUAAAUAAUACUAAUCCUUAAAAAUAGCUUCGUCCGGUAAGUGGAUUUAAUUAAGAAUAUAAUAAAAACUUAAAAUAAUAAUAAUAAGAAUAUAAUUUAGAUGAAUAAAAUAGAUCGACUUCAUAUUUUAAUAUGCAUAAUUAAAGAUAAAAAAAAUAAGAAUAAUCACUAAAUUUUAUCAUUACUAAUAAUAAAAAUGAAUAAGACUACGAUACUUUAGUUAAAAUGGGAUAAGCUAAUGAAUUAGCUGAAUAAAUAAAUUCUAAUAAUAGAUAUAGGGCUUUUAAAAGACCAGAUGGAAAUUUAGUUGUUCAUGUGUAUGAUGAUGAUUGCUUAUAUGCGGAAUUAACCAUAAAUGAAUUUAAUAGAGAAUUCACGUCAUUAAAAAUGCAACAUAAUUAAAAGAAAAAUACCAAAAUUUGGGAAGUUCUUUCUGAAAAUAAAAAAGCUUUAAAAGGAAGAGAUUUUUCAAGAAAUAUAAAUAAAGAAGA